AACUUUGAAGAGACAGCUACCUAUCCCAAGUUGAAAUGAUAGUCGAGUUCGAAAUAAGAGCCACCAAGGACCAAAAUCACUCUUGGAAAUCAUCUACAAUCGCCAGAAAGUUUUUCGAGAUCAUAUUUCCCUGCAUUUUUCGUUCCACGAGAUGUCGCCGGGUUCGUUCCAACCGAGAGGAUGGCCGACCUGACGGAGACUCUCGCAGUCGACGAUAGGCGAACGCUUGGAGCACACUGUGUGGUCGCUCACGAACGUAUUCGUCGUCCUCGACUGAUGGAUGACCCGCGAAGACGGACAUAUAUUAUGGCGCUACGAUGUCACGACGCAACACUCGUCACCGUUGUGCAUACUCGAGGGGCCGAUUACGUAAAAUCGUCGAUAAGAUGCUCCGACUCGUGCCAGCGAAUCGAGACCCCCUCCAAACGAGCGGACACACAUAGCUGACUUCAGUUCCACGGCGGUUGCGAGAAACCACGUGCCAAGGCACGCAGCGCGUGUGUCGCAUGUACUGUUGGAGCAGACGCGAACCACGUGCGCGGCCGAGACGCUGGCUGUACCAGUCAUCUCGGAUAUUUUCGGUAUUAAUUACUGAUCACGACGGAAGCCGACGGUAUAAUUUACUGGAACUCAGUGAUAAGAAUUGUGCAGCAUUUCGGACCGGCCGAUAACACAAUUAUUUUAAUCUAAAUAAGUCGACCAGCUUCGCUCGGAGUUUCAAUGUUAGUUUGAAUCAGAUGUGCAACCACGAAUUUGUUUUGUAUUUGAGAACGGAGUUGCAAUUCCGAUGGUGCUGAUGUUUCCGUUAAUAGAGAAAAAGUUAUUUACUUUAAAUAAAAAAAUAAACUCGCAAAUAUAAAUUGGAGCGAUCGUGUAUACAAGUACCAUUCUCUGCGAUAUCUCGCAGUAACGAUACCACAAAGUUAGACAUUCAUUUUUCAACAUCCAAGUUGCAACAUCUAAUUAUCGUAGUGCUCCUUAAUGUGCUAAAAUUUCAUGGUGGAUAAUGCGCGUAAUUAGAUCUUAAUGUUGAUACAAACAGAUAAAGUAUCAGUUCGUUACGAACUAGCUCAGCAAGUUUCAUGCAGAAGCACGUACGUUGCUGGCAAUGCAAAGAUGCUGAAUACAUAAGAUACUUGAAAACAAAAACUGAAAAAGUUCUUUUGCAUUGAGGAUCUAAGUAAAUUAAAAAGAAAAAGAAUGGAGAAAGCAGUAGCGACUAAUAGCGAUACUAAAACUGGCGAGCAAAUGCCACAGAUGGAAUCUUCUCAUGAAAGACACAGAGUGUUGAGAAAAUACUUCCGAUGGUUGAAACAUAUAUCAGUAGAGCCAACUAUGUGGCUCUUCAUGAUGGCAUUUAUGUUUACGUCAGUCAUCGAGCAAGAUUUUUUUAGGUACAAAGCAUGUCGGGUGGACCACGGAUACUCUAAAGAAACCUGUCUAAAGUUGAAUGACGAUAAUAAUAAAGACAUAAAGACUAAAGUACAGAUGACUGUCUCGGAAUUCCAUCAAUGGAACGACAUUGCCGGGCACGUCAUGCCUAUUAUCUUGGCGAUGUUCUACGGCAACUGGAGCGAUCGGCGCGGGCGUAAAUUACCGCUCGUCUUCGGUCUGACGGGCAAAUUGGUUUACUCCUUCAUGAUCGUGAUCAAUUCUAUGAUGGACACUUGGAAUCUAAACAUGGUAGUGUACACGGCGACCCUGCCGAUGAGCAUCCUGGGCGGCGACGUUGCGAUCUUUGCCAGUUGCUUUGCGUACUUGUCGGACGUAAGCUCCGUGCAACAGAGAACCUUGAGAAUCACAAUCCUGGAUGUCGUUUACCUCAGCACCAUGCCUUCGGGUGUUGCACUUGGUUCUUAUGUAUUUACUCAUCUGGUCGACAUGUCCUACACGAUUAUGUUCGCUGUAAACGUGACUUUGCUCUUGCUGGCGAUUAUAUAUUCGCUCGUGUGGCUCAAAUGGCAAACGUCACCGCGGCAACAACCGCUUUCGGGCGGCAAUUGGCUGCUGGACUUCUUUGAUAUGAGACACGUCGCCACGACAAUGCGGACGUUGGUGAAGUCGAGACGCAAUCACGGCAAAUUGCACCUGUGGUUACUGCUGCUCGCGAUGUGUCUGUAUACAUUCCAGAGAGAUGAAAAGCCCAAGAGCCAGAUGUACACUUCACUAAUAUUUAACUGGAACGUGACGGACUUUAGCAACUUUAAAACGUUUCAAUCAACUCUCUUCGUAUUAGCAAUGCUCAUUGGAGUACCUAUCAUGAGUAAAUUAAUAAGAAUGAGAGACAUUUUCAUCGUUGCGGUUGGAGCAAUAGCGCACGCAGCCGGAAGAAUAGUAUUUGUUUUAGCGGAUCGGUCGGAAUUAUUUUAUGUGGGUGCUACUGUUGCUGCGUUAGGUCCCGUAGUAGCUCCAGUACUCAGAUCUAUGACCUCGAAGCUUGUGCCUGUAGAGGAGCGAGGAAAGGUAUUCGCGAUGCUCUCUGUAUGCGAUAACGCGGUCCCAUUAUUUAGCGGCACUUUGUAUUCCCAACUUUACAAUGCCACGAUUAAGACAGCACCGAGCUCGUUUUAUUGGUUGACAUUCGCAACGCAGAUUGCCGUGCUCCUACUAAUUCUAUUGAUCAACUUUACAUCGUGGUCCAAGCACGCAACCGAGCAAGAGGAUUACAUCGAUGAUGAGGCUGUGGCUCCAUCUCUUCCAAGUAAUACUGAAACUAGCUCAACGAGUAACGUAACAACCUAAUCUUACAAAAACAUGUGAUAAGAUUGUAAUUGCCUUAUAUACGUAACGAAACAAAGGUCACAUUUCGUUAGGCACUGACAUUUCAUCUUAUCAAUAUAAAUGCAUAAUACAUUUACAACUUUAAGUUCACGAAAUUUCCACUUGGAAUGAGCUCAAAUUUAUCUCGCUUUUAAGUACUGAUUAAGAUUGAUAUCUCAGAAAAAAUGAUAUAACAUUAUAAUUUUGUUAAUUUAGCGAUAAAAUAGUUUUUAGAAUAGCUUGUUUAUAGGUAUGUAUGGGUAAGAAGACUGUAGAAAUAUAUUUUCCCGACAUAUUUUAGGUAUUUGUUGUAUUGCGUUUUCAGUAACACAUCAAAUGUGAAAUGCAAUUCGAGAAAUAAGGUAAUAGUUAUAAUAAAUACGCGCAGAAUAAAAAUAUUUACAUUAUUGUUAAAAUGUUAAUAUACAUUUUUUAUAUAUACUGUUGUAAUAAAAAUAAUUCUAAAAAUUUGAUUACAAACAGUAAAAUUGAAAAAUCAAAUGGAUUUAGAAGUAAGACUAACAGUCAAAUUGCAAUAAAUGCAUUUGUAGUAUAUUUACAUAUCUUACCCCAAGCAGCAAACCAUGUUUUUAAAUAUUUAAAAAAUGUUAUAAUGAAGAAUAAAUAUUUUAAAAAAUAGUGUUUGCUAAUUGGGACACUGUAGCAUAAAAAAUGCGCAUCUGUUUUCUGUACCAAAAAUUUAGAUUCAAAUCAGCCCAGAAUAUAUUUGAUUUUAGAUUUUUAAUUGAUCACCACCUUUCGAAAGGCCAUGACAAACUGCUGAGAGUAUCUUUGCCAAGAUUUACAAUGAAGCAUAUAUAAGCAGGCAACAAAUGAAACUCACGAUCUUUAGUCAUGAAUGACUUGCGAGAAAAAGAUCGUUACACAGUAGUAUAUAUAUAGAUCUUAUUUAAAUUCCUAAGAUUAUAUUUUUAUAUUGCAUUAUUAUUUUGUGUGAAUAUAAUACUAUUGUAUAUAUUCAUAUUUGUAUCGUAUACUUUAAUUAUUCGAAACUGCUCUUGUGAAAAAUUUUAUUUUUAUUACUACAGUUAUUGAGUGACUGAUAGAUUAUAUAUUUAUUUCUUAUCAAUCACUUAGUCAUCGAAAUUGAGAAAAAAUAAAUUAUACGGAGAAUUAAUUUGUUGA